GGAAAUUGUCAGGAAUUGCAUGAAACGGAACAAUGGAGUAUUCAGUGAGAUAUAUAAUGUUUAUUUUAUCAUGUGUUAUUUUAUUCUGUGAAUCUACUGCCAGUUUUGAAGAAGCUGUACCGAGUAAUUACAGGGAAGCAGGAAACGAAGUCUACAAUGUUCAACCGCCAGACACCACAGACGUUGAUAAGAGGCCGUUUGGUCGGUUAUUUGGUCCAACUUGGUCCAUGUCAAAACGUCCUUUUGGAAGCCUUUUCGGAUCUUACCCUUCCAUUCGACAGACACCUGUCUAUAGAACGGUGGUCGAGAAACGGCCCUUUGGGCGCAUGUUCGGGGAUAGUUUUAAUACAGGAAAGCGGUCGGAGAUGGCAAAGCGACCUUUUGGACGAAUGUUCGGAGACAGUUUUAAUGCGGGAAAGCGGUCGGAGAUGACAAAACGACCUUUUGGACGCAUGUUCGGAGACAGUUUCAAUGCGGGAAAGCGGUCGGAGAUGGCAAAACGACCUUUUGGACGCAUGUUCGGAGACAGUUUCAAUACGGGAAAGCGGUCGGAGAUGGCAAAACGGCCUUUUGGACGCAUGUUCGGAGACAGUUUCAAUGCAGGAAAGCGGUCGGAGAUAACAAAACGACCUUUUGGACGCAUGUUUGGUCCAACGUUUUUUGAUGGAAAAAGAUCAGAGGUAUCCAAACGGCCUUUCGGAAGAAUGUUCGGACCAGGUGCUUUUGGAAAACGAUAUUUUGAAGACGACUUACCAGAAGAUGGAACAGAAUAUUUAGAAGCACCAAUCGAAGAUUUGGAGAAACGAUUUUCAUGGACAUUAUCUGGAUAUAAGCUUGGACGGAAAUAA